AUGGGGAACGUACACUGCUGGAGCCAGAAACUUCAAGAAGAGGAAUUACAAGAACGUAUACUGGAGGCAGAAACUUCAAGAAGAGGAAUGAUAAGGAGGUCGCAACGUAGAAAUGGGGGAUCUACUAAAAAAAAGAGAACUGGGGUGAUACGCAGUGCUGUGGAAGUAUCAGUGAGAAAUUUGAAAGUCACGGUAACCGUUAAGCACUGUUACUACCGGCGGACGAUAUGGAGCAGAGUGCUCAAACUCCUAAACAAGUUUGAUAUAGGAGUGACAAGAAUUAACGUAAAAACCAAGAAAAACAAAUAUUCUAAAGGGAAAAUCCGGGGUUUUUUCCCAUUAAAUUGCCACCUAAAUAUGUUAUUCCCAAAUAGUGUCCCCUUAUGGAAUCCGCAAGUAUUGAAUCCGCAAGUCAUACUUGCGGAUUCAAUGACCAUCCCUUAA